AUGACUCGAAUAUUUCUUAGUGUCAGAUCUAGGAUGGAAAACGAAGGUGGGAUAAGUUUCACGGAGUUUUCAUAUCAAUUACUACAAGCUUAUGACUUUUGGCAUUUGUAUAAUUAUUUUGACUGUCGAGUUCAGUUAGGAGGAAGUGAUCAAUGGGGAAAUAUUACCACCGGCAUUGAUUUGAUUCACAAAAAGAGGAUCUUUAACAUCACCGGGAUAAACAGAUCUGAAACUACCAACAAUACGGAUCAUAAGAAGGAAGAAGAUGCGUUUGGAAUUACCACGCCUCUACUCCUAACUUCAUCAGGCGAGAAGUUUGGCAAGUCUGCAGGAAAUGCAGUUUGGCUAGACGACAAAAUGACAAGCGCGUAUGAAUUCUACCAAGAAUCCCCCGAAAAAUAUUAUGCCCAAGAAAAGUUGGCGUCCGAGAUGACAGAAAUGGUUCAUGGCUUGGCAGGUCUCCAAAGGGCCAGAGUUGCCACUGAUAUUAUCUUUGGCAUACCUAUUAGAAAUAUGCGAAGUCGAGAUGUAACUGAAGCUUUUUCGAAUGACCCUCAACAUCUGAUAUCGCUCAACCGCAAAGAAAUUCUCGAUUGCACGAUUGAUCGUGUUGCUGUCGUUGCCGGAGCGUGCAAAUCACGUAGUGAAGCAAACAAAUUGAUCAAAUCAGGCGGCCUCUAUUUGAACAAUGAGCGAAUUGGGGAUCCCCAAUAUAAAUUGGUGGAGGAAGAUUUGUUGGAAGGGAUGUUAUUCGUAUUCAGAACAGGUAAAAGUAAUUAUAGGCUAGUGAAGAUUAUCGAUUAG